CCCUCAGAUUCUGAUACAAGUGAGUAUUCAGACUCACCAGCAAAGAGGAGAAGAGGUGAGGGAACCAGUGGUGGCGGGGCUGCAAGUGGUGGUAUCUCACAAGAAGUUGGCUCUGCAAUCUCCAAAAGUGCUUCCAUCAUAGCAGAAGCUAUUCAGGCAAGUGAGGAGAGAGAAGAGAGAAGGCACAAAGAGCUCUUGAGUUUGCAUGAGAGAAGACUACAGAUUGAGGAAUCCAAGGCUGAGAUCAAUAGACAAGGCAUCAGUGGCCUGGUUGAUUCCAUUAACAAGCUUGCUAAUUCCAUUCUUGCUUUGGCAGCCAACAAAAACCAAAAUAGUCCUAAGUGAUAUUAUUCAAUUAAGAAGGGAUUAUUGAUAUGCUAAAUAUAU